UUACGACAGUAUUGCCUGAAUACAUUUUCCGCCAGUGAUCAAAAACUUGGAUUGGUACAUAUACAAACAACAUACCCUGGUAUCAUUUCCAGUUGAACUGCAUAAAACAAGGUUGAACUAAAGAAAUACAAUGCUUGCCAUUCUAUUACUGUUUGCUCUGGCAGUAGGAACUGUAUCAACGGGACCAGUUGACAAGAGAUGUGCUGGUAUGGAUUCAGCAUGCUGUUCCAUUCAGGAUGGUACACUAGUCCUGGAUCUGAGGGACGCCCGUUGUCAAACGCAAACAAGUAAAAGAGAUCUUUUAAAGAAAAGAUCAUGCGAGAACAAAAACAGUUUGGCAUUUGAUGAUGACGGAUGCACGGUCAUGUGCACUUUUCUACCGUUCGGAACAUAUGGCUGUUUAGAUGAAGAGAACAGAACCGAAUGGGUUUACUGUAGAAACGGGAACACUUAUUGGGAUUCUACGCCUGGAGCUUGUGAUAAAAGACGAGCAGAUACCGACCUCUGUACAAAGUGAAGAUGGCCAGAUGUACAUGGAUAACAUUUGACGAUACAAUAAUAUAGAUAAAGAACGAAACUGACCUGUAAUCACGCAUAUAAUUGAUUUUGAAAUAAAAAUCUUUUUCUCACAAAGUUUUCUGAUAUGCUGCUCUUUCUUGCCCUUUCCUGUGCUUUUUAUGUCUUUUUAUCACUAAACACAUGCAUAGCUUUCAAGAAUUCUGAUAACUUUAAAACACAGCUGUAUUCUCAUGUAUCAAAAUAGCGAUGCCAACUUAGUGUGUUACAUUUGUCUGCCAAAAAAAGACAACACUUGAUAAAUUUUUGGCACCCAUGCAUAAAUAAUUGUUUACCUUUAUAUUGUCCUACCAUCUAUUGAAGCGCCUCAUUAACUUAAACCGAAACAGUACUUGGUGCUCAUGAUCAGAGCAGGGUCUCGUUUCAAGACUAUCUGUAUUCUGAUAUUGCACUCAGAAAGAUUAAUACCAUCCUGCAACUGAAGUACAAGAACAGUAACAAUUGCCUGUUUCCUUGCUGUUUAUACACUAGCUAUAUGAAUCAAUA